CUUCCGGUCGUGUGGAGAUAAGUGCGUGAAGAGCGGGUGGAGCCUGCUUACUCAACACAAACUCACUUUGUGGUCUUUUUUUCGACAAAAGAUGAAAGAAACAAUUAUGAACCAGGAGAAACUCGCCAAGCUUCAAGCACAAGUCCGUAUCGGUGGAAAGGGAUCGGCCCGCAGAAAGAAGAAGGUGGUACACAGAACAGCAACAGCGGAUGACAAGAAGCUUCAGUUUUCUUUAAAGAAACUUGGUGUUAACAAUAUUUCAGGCAUUGAAGAGGUAAACAUGUUCACAAACCAAGGGACAGUAAUCCACUUCAAUAACCCAAAAGUGCAGGCAUCCCUGGCUGCCAACACCUUCACCAUCACAGGGCAUGCAGAGACUAAACAGUUGACGGAGAUGUUGCCCAGCAUCCUCAACCAGCUUGGUGGUGACAGCCUGAGCAGCCUCAGGAGGCUGGCUGAAACCUUGCCAAAGCAGUCUGGAGAUGGUGGAGCGCCCCUUGCUGCUGGAGAGGAAGACGAAGAAGUUCCAGAUCUAGUGGAGAAUUUUGAUGAAGCUUCAAAGAAUGAAGCAAACUGAGGAGGACCAGCCUGACCUGAUUCAUAACUUUGUAGGUUGUGUUGAGCUGCAUCUGCCACUUUAUUUCAUUAAUGCACUGUUCCUGUGUUAUGUAGAUGCCUUGUGCAGGACCAUAACACACUCUUACUUGUUUUCUGGUAACUUGACUGCAUCACAUGUGUCACUCAACAUGUUUACAUUAACAAAUUUCAACACUUGCAGCUGGAAGAUGUAUUAAAGUUGUCAUGUAUGGUUUCUGUUACCAUGCCUUUCUGCAGUCUAAAUAAAAAUAUAGUUUGU